AUGUUUCUCAGAGUGUCUUGUUUACUGCUCAUUGUUGUGUCUAGCGCCCACGGAAGUAUCCUGGACAAUCGUGUUGAUGACUGGGAUGAGGAGUGCAAAUUGUCACCAGGUCUGCGCAAAGAAAUCCGAUCUUACAGGCCUGUAGUUGGGAAGAUUAUUCAGAAGAUUGUGGGAGGUGAUUUCAAGGGAGAAACAUGGAGAAGUCUCAGUCAGUUUGUGGACAGAUUUGGUGCACGAAUGUCAGGAUCACAGAGUCUGGAGGAUUCCAUUGACUAUAUGGUGGAAGAGCUGGGGAAAGCCGGACUGCAUGCUUACACAGAAGAGGCUACUGUGACAAAUUGGAAGAGAGGCCGUGAGACUGCGGUUUUGCUGAGUCCCCGGAGAGCUAAUCUCCCUAUUUUGGGAUUGGGCAGUUCAGUGGGAACUCCUGGAAUAACUGGUGAGGUUAUAGCCGUAGAGACUUUUGAUGAAUUUGAGGCACUUCCGGAGGAUUGUGUCAAGGGGAAGAUUGUGGUAUUUGCUCCAAAAUGGGAAUCUUAUGGGAAGACUGUUGCAUAUCGCUCCCAUGGAGCUACUGUGGCAGCCAAAAAAGGGGCUGUGGCUGCUCUGGUGAGGUCCAUUACACCAUUUUCAUUGGGAACUCUGCACACGGGCUAUCAGGAUUAUGAGGAAGGUGUCAAGAAAAUUCCUGUGGCAUCGGUUACAGUGGAAGAUGCCACAAGGCUUCUGAGGAUGUAUCGGAGGAAUGAAACUAUCAGGAUUUACCUGGAGAUGCAUGAUGAGGACAAGGGUGUUGCCAAGUCCAGGAACACAAUUGGAGAGUUGACGGGAAGACAGGAAAACAGCUCAGUUGUGGUGGUGUCUGGCCAUUUGGACAGCUGGGAUGUUGGAGUGGGAGCAAUGGAUGACGGAGGGGGCGCUUUUAUUGCUUGGCAUGCUGCGAAAUUUCUCAAAAAACUGGGACUUCAGCCCCGUAGGACAAUCAGGGCUAUUUUGUGGGUUGGUGAGGAGCAGGGCUACUGGGGAGCAAGAGCCUACCAAGCCAAUCAUAGUCACCAUGAGGAGGAAGAAUUCAAUUUCUUCAUAGAGUCAGACAUAGGGACUUUUACGCCUACUGGGAUGGAUUUUAGUGGAACAAAAGAUGCUGAGUGCAUCUUCCGGGAGAUUCUACAGCUCCUGGAACCUCUCAAUGCCACCCAAUUUGCCUCCCCCAUCGACGGAGGACCGGAUAUUUCUGUGUGGACCGACAGGGGAUUCCCCGGAGCGUCACUUCUCAACAAGAAUGACAAUUACUUCUGGUACCAUCACUCAAAUGCAGAUACGAUGCUCGUAGAGGAUCCAGAUGCCCUGGACAAGUGCACAGCUGUCUUUGCAGCUGUGAGUUACGUGAUUGCUGAUCUGAGUAUUGAAAUGCCCAAAAUUGUUACCUCUCUGUAAAAUUUUAUUUAAUAAUUUUCUUUAUUUUUCCAUUAAUAAACUUUUUCCUGGGGAA